GUUCUCAGUGCUGCUGCUGCUGCAAUGGCGGCACUGUAAGCGAAAGGUGGAAGAAGGUGGCUUGACUUGAAUGACUUUUUAAAAAUCUUUGUACGGAGCCAGAAAGUAAAAGGUGAUACAGGAAAGGAGCUAAACGCUUAAGAUUGUGGGUAAAAAGGCAAGUCACUGGCAGGGCGAUACGAGCGGUAUUUGUCUCUCUAUUUUUUGAUUAGUCGGAAACGCAUUUGCAAUUUGCAGUUCGCCAGUUUGACUUGCAUCUGUAUGAAAUAACCACCACCCACCACUCGCUCACAUACAACUAAGCGAGGAGGUGAUUUCAUUUUUAGCCUGUUACCGUAUUGUCUCGAACCGAAUCGGACGCGCUCCGCCAUGGCUGAGAGAAGUUCCACUGGAUUACUAAUGAUGAUGUUUGAGCCCACAGCUGCGGCAGCUAUGACUCUCCCAGCGGAGGUUAGAGAGAAACUGGCAGAGCUGGAGCUAGAGCUAUCCGAAGGAGAUAUCACCCAGAAGGGUUAUGAGAAGAAAAGAGCAAAACUCCUGGCCCCAUAUGUUCCACAGAUUCAAGGUGUAGAUCCAUCACUUCAGAUUGAAAACAGAGUCCAGGUGUCUACUCAGCCCCUUCCUGCUGUCUCUAAACAGCAUAAAUCACGUUCCAACAAUUCACGGGAUGAGCGCUUUCGAUCUGAUGUGCACACGGAAGCCGUUCAAGCAGCUCUGGCCAAGUACAAAGAGAGAAAAAUGCCAAUGCCCUCCAAGAGACGCUCUGUUCUAGUCCAGUCCUCUGUGGAAACAUGUACUCCCCCAGACACCUCAUCGGCUUCCGAAGACGAGGGAUCCCUGCGUCGACAAGGCCGGAUUGCAUCAUCAACUCCUUACCAGGUCCACCCCAACGUAGAGCACUGGUUUAACAGGGUUAUCCAGGGCUCCUCCACCUCAUCCUCUGCCUCCUCCACCUCAUCCCACCCCGGAGGGAGGUCCCUCGUCACCACCACCGCCGCAGCCUCCGUGCUGGCAGAUCUUAUGGCACAUACCCAUCUAGAUAACCACUCGGCACCCCCUGAUGUGACAGGCCUGUUGGAGCGCUCUGUCUAUGUGGAGCGACCACAAAUGGCUUCAGUCCGCGGCAUGCCCCGAGGCUACAACAACAGUAGUGUUCUGGAGACCGCGGAUGGUGUCCCUGUCAACAGCCGGGUAUCGUCAAAGAUCCAACAGCUGCUCAACACACUGAAGAGACCCAAGCGCCCACCUCUGUGCGAGUUCUUCGUUGAUGAUUUUGAGGAGCUGCUUGAGGUGCAACAGCCAGACCCCAACCAGCCAAAGGCAGAGGGGCCCCAGAUGUCCCCAUUGGAGGGGGAGGCCCUGGGUGUCAUCACUAACUGGCCUCCCUCCCUUCUGGCUGCCCUGCAGUGCUGGGGAACCACUCAUCCCAAGAGCCCAUGCCUGACCGCUCUGGACAACUCCGGCAAGCCUGUCUACACACUCACUUAUGGAAAGCUAUGGAGCAGGAGCCUGAAGCUGGCCUUCACAUUACUGAAUAAACUAAGCACCAAGAAUGAGCCACUUCUACGUCCAGGAGAUCGUGUUGCUUUGGUAUUUCCUAAUAAUGACCCUGUGAUGUUCAUUGUGGCAUUUUAUGGCUGUCUUCUGGCUGAGCUAGUGCCGGUUCCCAUUGAAGUACCACUUACAAGAAAGGAUGCUGGGAGCCAGCAGAUUGGGUUUUUGUUGGGCAGCUGUGGGGUCACUUUGGCACUGACCACAGAUGCCUGUCAGAAAGGCCUACCCAAAGCACAGACGGGAGAGGUGGUUACCUUCAAAGGCUGGCCUCGGUUGCUGUGGUUUGUGACAGAUGGGAAACACCUGGCCAAGCCCCCAAAAGACUGGCAUCCCCCUAUCCAAGAUGCAAGUAAUGACAUUGCCUAUAUCGAGUACAAAACCAGCAAGGAAGGCAGUACAAUGGGAAUCACAGUCUCUCAUUCUGCCAUGUUGGCACACUGUCAUGCACUUACACAGGCCUGCGGUUACUCUGAGGCUGAAACUGUAACAAAUGUUCUGGAUUUCAAGAGAGAUGCUGGGCUGUGGCAUGGAGUUCUUACGAGUGUGAUGAACAGAAUACACGUAAUAAGCAUUCCCUACUCUCUGAUGAAAGUCAACCCCCUCUCCUGGAUACAGAAGGUGCACUCUUAUAAAGCACGUGUUGCGGUGGUAAAGUCUAGAGACAUGCACUGGUCCCUCCUAGCACAGAGAGACCAGCGGGAUAUCAGCUUCAGUUCUCUGCGGAUGCUAAUUGUUGCAGAUGGAGCCAACCCCUGGUCAAUAUCAUCUUGCGAUGCCUUCUUGAAUGUUUUCCAAGUACGGGGGCUGCGGCCUGAGGUGAUCUGCCCGUGUGCUAGCUCUUCCGAGGCCAUGACUGUUGCCAUCCGCAGACCUCCGGAGAUGGGUGUUCCCCCUCCAGGGAAGGCAGUGCUGUCCAUGAACGGGCUGAGCCACGGUGUGAUCCGUGUGGAUACUGAGGAGAAGCUCUCUGUAUUAACAGUGCAGGAUGUGGGCCAAGUCAUGCCAGGAGCACUGGUGUGUGUGGUGAAGGUAGAAGGGACACCCUACCUGUGCUGCACUGAUGAAGUGGGAGAGAUCUGUGUGAGCUCCAGUAGCACUGGAAUUGCCUACUAUGGCCUGCCUGGCAUCACGAAGAAUGUCUUUGAGACCAUUCCUGUGACAAAUGAAGGGAUGCCCAUCAGUGACAGGCCGUUCACUCGCACCUCACUACUGGGCUUUGUGGGACCGGACAACCUAGUCUUUGUUGUGGGAAAGAUGGAUGGUCUGAUGGUAGUCAGUGGGCGGAGGCAUAAUGCUGAUGAUAUUGUUGCCACAGCCCUGGCAGUGGAGCCAAUGAAGUUUGUUUACAGAGGAAGGAUAGCGGUUUUCUCGGUGACAGUUCUCCAUGAUGAGCGCAUCGUGGUGGUGGCUGAGCAGCGGCCAGAUGCCUCAGAAGAAGACAGCUUCCAGUGGAUGAGUCGUGUCCUCCAGGCCAUUGAUAGCAUUCACCAGGUGGGUGUGUACUGUCUGGCUCUGGUUCCUGCCAACACACUUCCCAAAGCCCCGUUGGGUGGCAUCCACAUCUCCGAGACCAAACAGCACUUCCUGGAGGGGGCUCUACAUCCCUGUAAUGUCCUCAUGUGUCCCCAUACCUGCGUUACUAAUUUGCCAAAGCCCAGGCAGAAACAGCCAGAAGUGGGCCCUGCUUCUAUGAUAGUAGGGAACCUGGUGGCAGGGAAGAGAAUUGCUCAGGCAUGUGGGAGGGAUGUGGCUCAGCUGGAGGACAAUGACCAGGCACGCAAGUUCCUUUACAUGCAAGAUGUUCUGCAGUGGAGAGCACAGGCUGCACCAGACCACCCUCUUUUCUUGCUUCUCAAUGCGAAGGGUGCAGUUGCCAGCACAGCCUCCUGCCUACAGCUGCACAAAAAGGCGGAGCGUGUUGCGGUAGCACUGAUGGAGAAAGGGCGACUCAAUACGGGUGAUCAUGUGGCAUUAGUCUACCCUCCAGGUAUAGAUCUCAUUGCAACAUUCUAUGGGUGUCUAUAUGCGGGCUGUGUGCCAGUCACUGUGAGGCCACCUCACCCACAGAACCUAGCCACUACUUUACCCACAGUCAAGAUGAUUGUCGAGGUCAGUAAGUCGGUGUGUAUCCUGACCACUCAAACUAUAAUGAGGCUGUUGAAAUCCAAAGAGGCAGCAGUGGCAGUGGAUGUGAAAACAUGGCCAGCAAUACUGGACACAGAUGACCUCCCUAGAAAGAAGCCUUCUCAGAUUUAUAAACCACCAACGCCUGAAAUGCUGGCCUACCUAGACUUCAGUGUCUCUACCACAGGGAUCUUAGCAGGAGUGAAGAUGUCCCACGCUGCCACUAGUGCCUUGUGUCGCUCCAUCAAGUUGCAGUGUGAACUGUACCCCUCUCGCCAGAUUGCCAUCUGUUUGGACCCUUACUGUGGUCUGGGCUUUGCUCUGUGGUGCCUGUGCAGUGUGUACUCUGGUCAUCAGUCCAUCCUGGUCCCCCCACUGGAGCUGGAGACGAAUGUGUCUCUAUGGCUGUCGGCGGUCAGUCAGUACAAAGUGCGGGUCACCUUCUGCUCCUAUUCAGUCAUGGAAAUGUGCACCAAAGGCCUUGGCUCGCAAACUGAUGCUCUCAGGAGCCGUGGAGUGAACCUGGCUUGUGUGAGGACAUGUAUGGUGGUGGCGGAGGAACGGCCCCGAAUAGCACUCACACAGUCUUUCUCCAAGCUCUUCAAGGACCUGGGUCUGUCUGCCCGUGCUGUGAGCACCACCUUUGGUUGCCGUGUCAACGUUGCAAUUUGUCUGCAGCCUAACAGGCUGGGGAAUCUGGCUGAGCAGGGUACAGCGGGUCCAGACCCUACUAUUGUGUAUUUAGACAUGAGAGCGCUCCGUCAUGACAGGGUACGUUUGGUGGAGAGAGGCUCACCGCACAGUUUGCCACUGAUGGAGUCUGGAAAGAUCUUGCCUGGUGUCAAGGUAAUCAUUGCCAACACAGAGACUAAAGGACCCCUGGGAGACUCACACUUAGGAGAGAUAUGGGUGAGCAGUCCCCAUAAUGCCACAGGCUACUACACAGUGUAUGGAGAGGAGGCAUUACAGGCCAACCACUUCAACACCAAACUGAGUUUUGGGGAUACUCAGACAAUGUGGGCUCGCACGGGGUACCUCGGCUUCCUGCGCCGCACUGAGCUUACUGAUGCCAGUGGGGAGCGUCACGAUGCACUCUAUGUUGUGGGGUCUUUGGAUGAGACGUUGGAGUUGCGGGGAAUGCGGUACCACCCCAUUGACAUUGAGACUUCUGUCAUCAGAUCACAUAAGAGUAUUGCCGAAUGUGCUGUGUUCACAUGGACCAACCUCCUGGUAGUUGUGGUGGAGCUGGAUGGUUCAGAACAAGAGGCUCUGGAUUUGGUUGCCCUGGUGACCAAUGUGGUCCUGGAGGAGCACUAUCUAAUCGUAGGGGUGGUGGUGGUUGUGGACCCUGGUGUCAUCCCAAUUAAUUCACGGGGGGAGAAGCAGCGCAUGCAUCUGAGGGAUGGCUUCCUAGCUGACCAGCUGGACCCCAUCUAUGUGGCCUACAACAUGUAAGGGAGAAGGUGCCAUCCACACACAGGAGAGAAGACAGAAGCCAGAAGACCUUGCUACAAGAGCAAUAGAUCUCACUGCAGCAUGGUUUUUAUGUUUCUUCAUCAGCAGAUGUAGCAUUUGCUGCAGUGUAUACCAGAUUAUUAUUUUUUUUAUCUUGCUGGUGCAUCUUUUUGUUGUGGAUGGGGGGACUACUAUGUUUUCAUGAAUGUCAGUAUUGUUCCCAUGAAACAUUCUUCUCCACUGUGAGUCCAGCCCUGAUGGAUACCCUCAGUUUUUUCAGCUUCGCCUUAGUAGAAGUUGUGGAGUGGGGAAGCAAAGGGUAGUAAUGCCUCAUUUCUCACAGCUGAGCUAGUAGUUUUUGCUUAAUGGCUGGAGAAUAGAGGAAGAGUUUUAUUUCUCUCUCUACACAUUUUUUUUCUCUUUGCUUAGGUUCAUAUAUCAUGCUGAUUUUAAACAUGAAAAAGAAAUUUAUGGAAGUGAGAUUUUCUAUCUAAUGAUCACAUUUUGUUGCAGCUUUGACUUAUUUUUUCAAGACAUUCACUUUUAAUAUCAUAACAUAUCUUACCAGUUGUUUUGAAAGCAUCUGGUUUCUUUCUAGUUUUUUAGAUAAUGGACUUAAUUAAUUUACAGUAUUUGUUAUUGUACAUAAUUUAUUUCAUUUAAAAUGAUGACAUUAUUUUUCGGAUGGGUCUUAAUGAGACUUAAAUUUGUAGGUCAUUGGAAAUCGUGUUUGAACAAAACUGCAAACACAAUCCUACCCAACAAUAUCAAAUAUGUGAGGAUGAAAUAAACAGAUUAAUCUGGAUAAACUUAAACAUUAUUUUAUACAAUUUGUUAUCCUUGCUAAAGUCAUGCCGUUUUCUAAUACAAAAUUGAAAUGCUUUGUGAGUCAUAAAUGCCUUUUAUAGCAAUCCUGCACAUAUAGUACAUUAGGAGUAUAUUAUGGCCACUGUAAUUUCUGUUAAUGACUCUUAGAUUUCACAUUUUUCUUCACAUUUAGAGAGCUAAGAUGAUACUAUAUUUACUUUAGUUUUGAAUAAAAUCCCAGAAAAUUGUUUGUCCUAGGCAAGGGUAAUAAGAAGGUUAAUGCUUGCCUUCCUUUUGAUGAAUUCAGCUGCAAAUGUAACUGCCUUAAGCUGUAAACAUGAACUUGCCAUGAAAAACACUUAACUGUUUAUAUUUAUAUAAUAUAUACUGUAGCAUACAACACUGAAGUGGUAAACCAGUAAAGCUUCUGGUAUACAAGAGUAAAACCAGAAGAAAACAGAUGUAAUUUGAAGGUCAUAUUAGUUAUGCCAUUCAGAUUUUUCAUGCACUUUUGUUUGAAAAGUAUUUACAAAUGCAGUUUGAGGAUUAAGCAUGCAUUGUUGGCAUGGAUAGAAUUAACCAUUUCAUGCCAUUUCAUGCUUUUUGUAAUAUGUGUUUUCUUUUUUGUAGUGCUAUGAUGAAUUUAAAUGGCAAGAGAGCCCUCAAACACAUAUGUUGUUUAUAUUUACACUCCAGUUAUUUUUAAGAUCUUUCACUAGGCUUGAAAGUUUGCAGAGGUCUGUGAGACUAUGAGUACCAGGACUUCUUUUCUGUGCGAUUUUUCAAGGAACUAUUUUGCCACUAAGUCUGUUUAACUUAUGUGCAUCACAAAAAGUAGGCUUGUGCCUGUUGUAAUUAUGUACAGAUAUGUAACUUAUUACUUGGAUUCCAAAACUGGCCAUAGCAGCUAACAAAUGGACAUUCCUAAGGACAAAACAGCUAAAGUAGCUCUAUAAUAUACAGUAAAAAGAUUUCUCUAAGAUUUUUUUAUUAAAAAAAAGGUGAUACCUUGUAAACCAGAAAGCACAUUAAAAACAUAAAAUGCAAAAGAAAAAAGAAAAAAUAUUGUUUUAAUGUUACAAGAAUUGAAAGCUUUUAGUUUCCAUGUCUCAAGUUUUAUGAUGAUAUAUUAAGUGGAAGAUUUCUGGUAGAGAUGCUACUGCUAUUCAUUUUUAUAUGAUUAAAUUGUUGUAAAAUAAAAUGUUUUCUUUUGUAAAGA